ACCAACUGCAGCCCUGCCCUCCACGUCUUCCACACAGGGGCACGAAAACAGGGCAACAAAGAGAGACACCGCAUGGUUUUAUUACUUGUAAGGAUAUCUGCGAUUUAUUUCACGCAUAACCCGAUUGAAGCAUUUAAUUGGAGGAGCUAAUUGCAUCUGACGUUCUUAAUGCAAUGGAGCUGGAGCACUUUGAUGAACGCGACAAAGCACUACGGUAUAACCGUGGGGGCUCCAGGGCGAACGGGCUUCCUAGUCCCACGCACAGCGCGCACUGUAGCCUUUACCGAACCAGAACACUUCAAACACUGAGUUUAGAAAAAAAGGCAAAGAAGGUUCGUUUCUACCGCAACGGAGACCGCUACUUCAAAGGGGUUGUGUACGCGAUUUCUCAGGAUAGAUUCAGGUCCAUAGACGCCCUGUUGGCGGACCUCACCCGGUCACUAUCCGACAAUGUCAAUUUGCCCCAGGGGGUCCGUACCAUCUACUCAAUAGACGGGACAAAGAAAAUUACUAGUAUGGUCGAACUUGUAGAAGGAGAAAGCUAUGUAUGUGGGUCCAUUGAGCCCUACAAGAUGCUGGAUUACACUAAAAAUGUUAACCCCAAUUGGUCUGUCGGGGCUAAGACAGCUGUGGGAGUCUGUGCUCCCACCUUUUUGGGUAGUGCCAAAGCUGGAUCAUUAGAAGCCAGGGAGAGUAAAGACUUUAUUCGACCCAAACUGGUGACCAUUGUUCGCAGUGGUGUGAAACCUCGUAAGGCUGUACGCAUUUUGCUCAACAAGAAGACAGCACACUCCUUUGACCAGGUCCUGACUGACAUCACAGAGGCAAUCAAGCUGGACUCUGGGGUUGUCAAGAGGUUGUACACUGUUGAUGGGAAACUGGUGACCUGCCUGCAGGAUUUCUUCGGAGAAGAUGAUAUCUUUAUUGCCUGUGGACCAGAGAAGUUCCGCUACCAGGAUGACUUCCUAUUGGAUGAAAGUGACUGCAGGGUGGUGAAGUCCACCUCAUACGGCCGGCUGUCCUCUCUGCAUGGCCGGCGCUCCCCCAGAGGUGGGGAGCGCCGUCGGAGCAAGUCCCCCGCUUCCACCAGCUCUGCUAAUGGGACUGCUGGCAGUCAGCUGUCCACUCCUCGAUCAGGGAAGUCUCCCAGCCACUCCCCACCCAGCCCAAUCAGUCUCAGGAGACGACGGGGAUCCCAGCACAGUGGCUCCUCCCUCUCUCUGGCCUCCACCAAGGUGUGCAGCUCUAUGGAUGAGGCAGACGGCGCUGGCAGUGAAGCUGAGCUGAUGGAGGAGAUCCCCCCAGUUCCUCCUUCCAUAACAGAGAGGUACAAGGUGGGCAGGACCAUAGGGGAUGGCAACUUUGCUGUGGUCCGUGAGUGUGUGGAGAGGGCUACAGGCAGAGAGUUCGCUCUGAAGAUCAUCAACAAAGGCAAAUGCAGAGGAAAGGAGCACAUGAUCCAGAAUGAGGUGUCUAUUCUCCGCCGUGUGAAACACCCCAAUAUUGUACUGCUGGUUGAGGAAAUGGACACCUACAGUGAGCUCUAUCUUAUUAUGGAGUUGGUUAAGGGGGGCGACCUCUUUGAUGCCAUCACUUCCUCCAGUAAGUACACAGAGCGAGACGCCAGUGGAAUGUUGUACAACCUGGCUAGUGCCAUCAAAUACUUGCACAACCUCAACAUUGUCCACAGAGACAUCAAGCCAGAAAACUUGCUGGUUUAUGAGCACCAAGAUGGAAGUAAGUCUCUGAAACUUGGAGACUUUGGCUUGGCCACCCUGGUGGAGGGGCCUCUUUUCAACAUUUGUGGGACUCCUACAUAUGUAGCACCAGAGAUAAUUGCUGAAAAAGGAUAUGGGAUGAAGAUUGACAUCUGGGCAGCUGGUGUCAUCACCUAUAUAUUGCUGUGUGGCUUUCCACCAUUUUGUGGCAGCACUGAGGAUCAAGAAGCUCUCUUUGAGGAGAUUCUCUUGGGUCAGCUAGAUUUCCCUGUACCACACUGGGACUAUGUUUCUGACACUGCUAAGGAGCUGAUUCAAGCGAUGCUGCUUGUGGAUGCGGAGAGAAGAUACACAGCAAUGCAGGUGCUGGAACAUCCCUGGGUCAAUGAUGAUGGUUGGGCAGGGAAUGAGCACCACCUGUCUGUAGCGGGGAAGAUCAAGAAGCACUUCAACACUGGACCAAAAGCUAGUAGCACCACGGCCGGAGUUUCUGUUAUCACAACCACCGCCCUUGAUAAGGAGAGGCAGGUUCUCCAACGACGACACCACCAGGAAGUGAUUACCGUCCCUCACACUCCGCACAGCAGCUUCACCAGUGCCAGCCCCUCCUGUGGUACCAAAAUCUCCCCCAUUGUCAGUCCUGCCCACAGAGCCAGUCCUGCCCACAGAGCCAGUCCCACCCUAUCCCCCGCUGAGUUCACUUCUGAAUCAGAGGAUUACUCUCCCAGUUCAGCUGAAACCAUUCGCUCACCAACCUCCCCCUUCUAGCCCGCCAACCUCUCCCUAGUCCAUCAGCCUCCCCCUUUUAUCUUCCCUUCUUCUGCCUUCUAUUCUCCUUCCCUCCCCCUUCUAUCUUCCCUUCCUUUCCUAGCCCUUCAUCAUCCUCCUUCCAGCCCACCACAAUGUUGAAGCUAGAAGAGAAACAAUGUGUUUUCAAGCACAACAAUGAAGGUAUUACAGCACAUUCCUAUGGUCCAAGUAUUCUUUCAGGACCCCUACAUUACUUAUUUACUCACAGUUAUCCUUAGUCUUCAGACUUUGUUAUGGGUUCUGUGACAAGCUCUUUUGAAGUGACAACCCAGCCAUUCCAAAGCCUUAUUUCUGUACAGGGUUUUAGCUCACCGACACCCUCUGUGGUGUAUACAUGGUAGAGCCACAGGAGUUGUUAAAGAAUUUUAAAAAAUGAUUGAAAACCAUAUAUCUUGGAGUAGUGAAAUUCAAGCAGCAUGUGCAGAUCAAAAAUCUUCCAGGUUACUUGGUGGUACUUCAGAAUUUCUGCAAAAGCAAAUGAGCAAUUUUUGUAUUUUCAUGUGAAUGUAAGCAUUUAGUCCUACCAACAUUUUAACUAACUCACAGCACAAUUAACAACACCAGGGUAAUUCAAAUCGUAUGGGUAAUAGUAUGGGUUGAAUGUGCUUUUGUCCUUUACUGGUACUUGUGUAUACACCCUACACAGUUAACAGAGGCAUCCUUAUGCUACCCAGACACGCUGCUGUACUAUGUCAGUAUUUGACUGCUGUACCAAUGCUAUAAUACAUGUUUGCUAAAUCUGUCCUGAAUGGAGGAAACUGUACUCCUUGUUUUGAACAGUUGGUAGUGGUUCAGUUGAAUGUCUUUAGUAGUGGUGCAGCUACACAUAGCUGCCCGGGCACACAUGGGUUAAGUGCAAUUAGGUGUGACGUCCAGAAAGCACACUGCCAUGCCACUGGAAGCAGAACAUACAGUAGACACAGAAGAUAACUGUUAAUCAUCAAGAAACUCCACAUUAAGAAUGUAUACAGUAUUAAUGGUCACUGGAUUGCAGUUUAAAUAUAUGUAUUAUAUCUGAUGGAAUAGGCCUCUGAUCUGAAGUAAAAGCAUGUGGGUGCUUUUGUGUUCUGAAUUGGCCAUUAUGGUUGGUAGCAGUAAUACACUGAUGACUGUUGGUUUAUUUAUUAGCAGCUAGGUUGGGAUUGAUUGUACUAAACUUGAUUGAUUUAUAUUUAUUGCUGAACAUGGCAAAUGUUUGAGUGUUUUUUGCCUGGCCAACCCUAUGUUGUUAUAGGGGCACAAUUGAGCAGUUCCAGCGUGCUUCCAGUACGUCAACUCUCUAGUUAUUUGAGAUGAUUGACAAACGUUCCUGACCUGUAUAGUCCAGUCAUGUCUUCUAAAAAGCUGUUUUAUUGGUCAUCCAUCUACUAAUCAAAAAUGAAUUUUGUCCAAUCUAUCCGAAGGUUUGAAUGUCGUAAUAUAACCUGCAUGUGUACUGUGCUAUUUGCUAUGGUCCUCUACAGUCCUAUUACAGCUGCAUUUAACUGAUGUCUCCCCUGUUUUAUGGUGUUCAUGUAUUCAUUGUUAUUGCAGUUUAAGUACUUGUCCUUUUUACUUACUACAGCCAAAGUAAGAUGUAAAUAUGUAUUUUAAAGAUACCUCAUCACUCAACAGGUCCCUUCUUACAGUGCUCACAGGCAGAUAAGCCUUGAUCAUUGUAAUUAUGGUACAGUAAGUUUACAGUUUGAGGUGUGUCCCAAAUAAGCACAAGUAAAGUAUAUCAUUAUUAUGCUGUGUGACGUUUGCUCUGGGAGGACAGGUUUAUUUUCUUUUUAAAACUAAAACAGGGUUCCUGCAGGUUUCAGUAAGUCAAAUUUAAGACCUUUUAAGACAUUUUAAGACCAUAAAGAUUUAAAUUUAAGACCUACACGACGCAUUACCAAAAAAAUAUUAAAAUAAAAUAUAUUCUGAAAAAAUAUUUUUAUUUUAAUGAAUUCAGUCAUUGAAAAAGCAUGUAUUUAAUUUACAGAUAAAGCAAUCACAUUAGUAACCUAAUUGAAUAUUUUAAGUUUGCAGUGAGCCUCGUACCUGGAGCUGGGUAGCGCUUGUGACCAACAGUGGAAAUCGCUGUGAUCUAGCAAUGUGUCGUUGAAAGUAGUCUACUUUCCCAUUUUCCACACGUAGCCAAACUUAACAAAAUCUGAGGAGACGCAGACGUAUUUCGCGGGCAGAAGAUCCUUCAGUCAGAUUUAAACACAAGACCCCUCACACAGUAGCCCACAUCCUUAACCACUGAGCUAUCAGGGAUCAUAACAAACUCUACUCAACAUUUAAAUUUGACAUUGAACUAUCUAAUUGUAACAACCUGCAGAGUUGGGGUGUCAGAAAACCAGAUGAAGCAGGGCUCCCCUGUUAGCUCACUGGGUCAGUGUGCAUGCUCUGAAAGCUGGGGCAGUACCGCAACAACCUGAGUUCAAAUCCAGCCUUCACCCUUUUCUGUAUGUCUUCCUCCCUCUCCAUUCUUU